UAGCUUAAGUCAAGUGCUACAUUGUCGAGACAAAAGGUUAUUUGGGUUUUGUUUAUAUCAAACAACUUUGAAAACAUCCGAUUGAAUCAUGAAUUUGUUUAAUGGAUUUAAGUUUCUCGCUCUGAUUCUCAGCGGAGUUGGGACUUUUUUGAUAUCAGCCGAUGAAGCAAAAAAAGAACCGAAAAGUUUUUCUAAACUAGUGACCCAGUCCAUCAUUAAGGGCACUCCGAGUCGUUAUCAUUCGUUCUAUGUGCGAGUAACCACUUCGGAUCCUUUCUCGUGGUUGUUUUGUGGGGGUACUAGAAUUGACAGUCUAUGGGUUCUCACUGCAGCUCACUGUGUCAAAAACAGUUCCCCUGCUGAUCUGACAAUACAAGUUGGCGACUUUUCAAAACCUAAUGGAAAUAGAAAAUUCAUCAAAGUGACCAAAAUUUUCAAGCACCGCAACUUCGCAAUCCAGAACAACAAGCCUGUCAACAAUUUGGCCCUACUUUAUUUAUUCACGCCUAUCGAUGACCAGACUUCUGUGGUUCAUUUUUGCCAGGAGGCCCAAACUCCCGGAACCACAUUAGUCGCAGUUGGUCUGGGAUCUCUAUCCGAGAGAAGAGCAAUAUUGCCAGAAGUUUUACAUCAAGGUCAUUUCACGGAGAAACAGUACUUAAAAACAGUCGAGACUGGAAAAAUUGAACUGUGCCCUGAAAAUGAUAUAUGUACCAAUCCUGUUAAUUCGGGUACAAGUAUAGGAUCUAUGGACGAUGGAGGUGGUCUGUUUGCUCUGCCUUGUGACAAUAUGAGGACCGCAUGCUUGUAUGGAGUGGCAAGUUACGCCGUCACAAAAACGCAGAAUGGCACUUCGAUAGUCGAAGAGAGCGUGUUUGCAGCUACACAUAUGCACUUACUUUGGAUUUUAUCAGUAGUAGCUUUGGGCUGAAAAAGUUUUUAAGCUUUGCUGUUUUGCAGAAGAAAAUAAUUAAAUUUUUUUUUUAAUGAUAUACAACGAUUCUUUCAUAUGCUGGCAAAUCGUGUAAUUAAAAAACUAAACUUUU